ACGGAUGGUCACAUGAGCACAGAUCUGUUUACAAACCCAAGGCAGAGCAGAACAGUGCAGGAAGCGUCGGGGGCAAAAAGCAGACUGCAGGCUUACUCUCAAAAUCAUUAUGGACUGAAAAGAGAAGAGAUGAGUGCCAUGACAAAGCCUAUUGGAGGUGCUAGAGACUGACCGAAAAAGACAGACUCUUGGCUGACACACACCAUCUUUGCUUUUUUUUUUCCAUCUGAAGGAGCAGAUGGUUGGAGGAACAGGAUCCCACUCCUCAUACAAGACAUACAUAGUGAGAAUCAAACUACACAGCAGCGAAAACAGAAAUGCGAGCUUCAGGACUGUCCUCACUUUGUUGGGCAUUUUAGGUUAGCAAAUCUUAGGCUUCUACGCUAAGGUGGAAUACCCUCUGCAACAUCAGUGGACUGGAGGAGGAGACCGCAGAGGACAUGAGAGAGGGGAGAAAGAGAGCUGAGAAAAUCCUCUGUUAAAAAAAGCAGCUUUAGAUGGGGUAGACAAAGCAGACUAAAGCCAGCUUAUUACCUCCAUUGAUCGACUGUCAUUGUGAUCGGCGGAUGACAUUGGAGAGAUUCACGCAGAAAAAAACAAGUAAAAGAGGAUCUUUGCUCUAAGUGAAAAUAUUGAGUGUGCCGUUGAUGAUGUUGUGACUGCGCAUGAUUCGCAUUUUGACAACAACUUGCGAAAUAACCUGCGGUAUGAGGCAAGUGACAGUCCAAGCUACACAACAAGAUUUCUUUGUCUUCUCCGAUGACAUCAUUCAUAAUGGCAUUCAAGAGCACAUGAGGUUUUCAGACGUGGUCCAAACUCUUGUCCCAAAUAUCCCAAUCUUAACACGGAGUGGUUAAUCCAGAUUUGGGAAUGCUGGGCCGCAAAGACUGCUGAGCCAACAAAACCACACCUCUCAAGGAUUUAUGGAAAUCUGAGCAAAUCUGAAAAACUUAAGGCUUGUAUUUGGAGGAGCUCAGCACACAGUGACUGAUCCGAGGUACCGACCACGAGUGCAAGAGUUUGGCCUCCAUUCAGGCUGAGCCUUCUUCUUAAAGGGUCUGAAUUUAUUGCUGCUGCCCCAGGAAUCAAAUUUCAUGCAACCAUUCCAAUGGUGUAACGGAUGCCUGUGCGGUUUGAAUUCUCCAAGCUCUGAACACGACUGCAGCAUGACGUCUGACAUGUAUCACCUGCCACUCAAUGUGUACGUCAUUGUGCUGGGCAUUGGCCUUUUCGUCUUUAUGCUCAGUCUCAUCUUCUGCUGCUACCUUUUCAGGUUGAAACAACAAGGAACUAGGGAGCAGUUCAGCUACAAUGAGGUGGUGCUGAAGGGAGCAAGCAAGAAACUCAGCCUGCUUGGACAAACCUGUGCAGUGUGUUUGGAAGAAUUCAGGACCAGAGAUGAACUGGGAGUGUGCCCGUGCUCACAUGCAUUUCACAAGAAGUGCUUGUUGAAGUGGCUGGAGAUCCGCAGCGUGUGCCCAAUGUGCAACAAACCCAUCUUGCGGCUCCACACAGAUGCCCCGCAGGGUGCCGAGGGUCCCAUGGAGCCAGAGGAGGUGUGAGAAUAAGAGAAAUGAGAGUGGACUUCUCUUACAAAAACAACAAACAUCCAUUUAAGUACAACUAGAGAUGAUCAUCUCAGUGGCGAUGGCAGUUUAUAAUCCCAAGUGGCUGUGUUGCAGUUGACCUUUGAGCAAUAUCCUUAGGUGGGAAAUGAAUAUUGACAGAUGGGGGGAAAAAAACGUUUUGGUUCUGUCGGGAGAUGGGGAAAGGAUGUAUAAAUAAGACAUUUCCAUUACAGUGGUUCUCGCUUAGCUUUCAUAUCGCACUGCUCAGCAACAACCAGACUGGAAAGGAGGCACCAAGACUGGAGCACUGCUGGACACAGUAUAACAACAGUAGUGGUACUGAGCAGGAGCAGUACUGAUACCUCUAGCAUCUCAGGGGUGUUAACAAUCCAGCCAGCACAAACCACGUCUGUCGCACCGUCCGUAACACACAUGCAUUUUACAAUCAAUACUGCCACUGUGUAGAUGGAAUGCUCAAGCCGUCAAGAGGUAGCCACACCCUCUGGAUGACAUCACGACCAGCAUCAAGGAUUUAGGUAGGCAGUUUUUUUUCCAGAAUAUGUACCAGGAACUUUCCUUUUAAAAAGAGGAUAGAAAACUAGCCUGUGUGUAUUGUACGUAAAUGUGUUCCAAUAUAUAUUGUUAUUUUGUAUUUGUUGCUUUUAAAUAAAAUGUCAUGUAAUGUAUUGUAA